AUGAUUGGAGCCAACAAAAAUGAACACUUGGUCAUCUCAGCCGACCCUGACCAUCCAGCAAACUUGAUUUGUUCGCUUUGCAAAAACUUUUAUACCAAUGGUUGGGUUACCGGUACUGGUGGUGGUAUCUCUAUUCGUGAUAAACCAAACAACCUCAUCUAUUUGGCCCCAUCAGGAGUUCAAAAAGAAAGAAUGCUCCCAGAAAACAUCUUUGUAAAGCACUUUGACCACCAAGAUCAGUACGUUCGGGUGCCACAAGGCUUGAAACCAAGCGCCUGCACUCCGUUGUUCUUGUCAUCGUAUAAUCUUAGGGACGCUGGAAGUUGUAUCCACACCCAUUCCCAGGCAGCAGUCAUGGUGUCAUUGUUACAUGGAGCAGAAUUCAGGAUCAGCAACAUUGAACAGAUCAAAGCUUUACCAAAAUUCAAUUCUGAAGGCAAGAAGAUCGGGUACAUGGAUUUCCACGACGAAUUGAUCAUUCCAAUCAUUGAAAACACCCCAUUCGAAGAGGAUUUAACUGGGGCAUUGCAAGAGGCCAUCAAAAAAUACCCAGGAACAACCGCGGUUUUGGUGAGAAGACACGGGAUUUACGUGUGGGGUGAAGACGUAUGGAAGGCCAAGGUUUAUAAUGAAGCCAUCGAUUAUUUGUUGGAGUUGGCUGUCAAAAUGUAUGGAGUAGGAAUUCCUACAACUUGUGGCAUUGGAGAGGAGAAACAAUACUUGAAAAAUUUGCAAAAUUAA